CCCUUUCGUCCUCGUGAACAGGAGGCACGGCGAUCGGACGAGAUGAGCGAGCAGGAGGAUCUGGAUUAUUACAUCAUGUUCCCGUCGUUUCCACCGUCCCCGAAGGAUCAGACGUUGACCACAGGUGGACAGAAUCAACGGGAGGAGUUCGUGUUCGUGUACGAGGAGGACAAGCGGCCGGUUGUGAUCCUGUUAGGAUGGGCCGGCUGUCAAGACCGAUACUUAGCUAAAUACAGCUCGAUCUACGAAGAUAAGAGUUGCAUCACGCUGCGUUAUACAGCGCCAGUGGAAUACCUGUUCUGGCGCCGGGACAAGAUGCCUUACAUCGGCAAGCGGUUGCUGCAGGUGAUCACCGACGAGCGGCUGGACGAGCAUCCCAUAUUCUUUCACGUCUUCAGCAACGGCGGCGCGUUCCUGUAUCAGCACAUCAGCCUCGCGAUGCAGAGGGCUAAUACUCCGUUCAAGGUCAGGGGAGUGAUAUUCGACAGCGCACCCGGUGAGAGGAGACUGACAGCACUUUUCAAGGCAAUCAGCGCGAUUAUCGGUGGUAACCCCCUUACAAACCUGCCGAUGUCAUUCGUCAUCACGUUCUUCCUCUCCGUACUCUGGUUCUUCGAGGCUUUCAGCAGAACGCCUAUUCCGACGAACCCGAUCGCUCUCGCGGAGGAAGCUUAUUCUUGGCCUCAGCUGUUCCUUUACUCCAAUAGCGACACUCUGAUCCCAGCGUCAGACGUCGAGAAGUUCGCCAGUCGGAGGGCCGAGAGGGGUGUGAGGGUGCAGCUCGUCCUGUUCACCAAUUCGCCGCAUGUCAAGCACUACACGACCUAUCGCGACGUCUACGUGAACACGGUGUGCAGCUUCAUUCACGAAUGCCUGAUCUCGCCGAGUCCAUCAAGGAGCCUGCUAACCUUGGACCGCGGCGACGAUCGCGGUUCUCAGAGUUACGACGCGCCGCCGGAUCUCACCAAGCGCGUCGUGUUGCCUCAUGAGGCCGGCAAACAACAGAACUAGUAAUCCGGAGAAGACGCUAAUAGAUGUAAAAUAGUCGCUCGCUAGAGGAUCGCGUUGGUGGCACACGCGUGACCUCGCGAGUGCAGGCGUAAAGGGAGAGAGGAUCGAUGAUCAAUUUAUUACGUCUAUAUUUUAUAGAGUAAAGAGUCUACGAAGAAAGGAGUGAAUUCGAAGGAAAUGUCUGGAAUUGAUUUUGCGGAAUUGAUUACGGUCUCCCAAUCUUCGUAAUUCAAAAUUAGUCUUCAAAUUGCUAAACAAUUUCUCUUCCUAUCGUUUCUUUGUAUUUCCGUCUAUUCAUUGCAAUUUCAAAGCGGAAAAAUCAUAUAAUUAGGACAGUCGAUUUUUUUGUUAAAAUGAACAAAGGGAAAUGCGAUGAUAAAACCAGAAGAGAAAUAAAAAAUUUUAUGGAAUAGUUCCCGAUUUUAAGAGAUCGGGAGAUUGAGAUUUCACGAAAUAGGUUCUUUCAAUUCACUCGUUUCAUAAAGUAAAGAGGCGACGUCCGAGAUGCUGGAAACGGUGCAUUCGUUAAUGUACAGAGCUGUUUUAUAUGAAGUUAAUUAUUAUUUUUGAGUGAAAGUUAUUCAAAUGAAAAUGUGGAUUUUUUUUAUGAGCCGAACGAGAGAGUAGAUACGUGGUGGCGUAAGAGCUUUCAAAUAUAUAUAUUAAAUGUACUUUGAUGUAUUUCGAUGACUCAUAUAAGCCUAAAAACAUA